AUGCAUCAGACGGACAUGAAGAAGGCCAGCUAUGAUGGACCUCAGGAGAAAUACAACACGUACGUGACUCUAAAAGUGCAGAAUGUUAAGAGUACGACCAUCGCCGUACGGGGCAGCCAGCCCAGCUGGGAGCAAGACUUCAUGUUUGAGAUAAAUCGGUUGGAUCUGGGUCUUACCGUGGAGGUGUGGAAUAAAGGACUGAUCUGGGACACAAUGGUCGGCACCGUUUGGAUUCCACUGCAGAAUAUUCGCCAAUCGAACGAGGAUGGACCCGGUGAAUGGCUGACUCUUGAUUCUCAGGUCAUUAUGGCGGAUAAUGAAAUCUGUGGAACCAAAGAUCCAACAUUCCACCGCGUUCUUCUGGACACUCGCUUUGAAUUGCCGCUGGAUAUCCCAGAAGAAGAGGCUCGAUACUGGGCGAAAAAACUGGAGCAGCUCAAUGCUAUGCGAGACCAGGAUUAUUCUUAUCAGGCGGUUCAGGAGAAACCAUUAUCUGUACCAGGAACACAGUGCUGUAACUGGAGUUUGUGGGGUGACCAGCAGAACAAUGAUCCAGACAGUGCGAUGGAUGACAGAGACAGUGAUUACCGCAGCGAGACCAGUAACAGCAUCCCACCCCCUUAUUACACCACAUCUCAGCCUAAUGCCUCAGUCCACCAGUAUCCCAUGAGCCACCACCACCGCAACCCCCACGCCCCCUACUCACACUCCAUCAACAGCUGCGACCUCAACUAUGACAGCCAGAGAGGAAUCAGUCCGACCGGGAGCUAUGCGUCCUCAGCCGAGCUCAGUCGCUGUAGUUCUCAACUAAGUGAAGAAUACGGUGAACAAGAACUUUACGACGAGAAUGAUUCCUACCACUCCUGCCACUCUUCCGUGUCCUACAGCAAGGGCUCACCUGACUGGGAUGAGACACAGGGUGCAUACAGUGACGAGUGUGCCUACAGUAAAGACGGAGGCGAGGAAGGUGCUCUAUAUGAGGAAGAGGGUGGUGACCUGUAUCCAGAAGAGAUGGACAUGUACGAGGGAGAGGAAGACUUCAAUUGCAAGGAUGAAGAUCUGUAUCCACUGGAUGGAGCUCUCAGUGAAGACAAAGGGCCUCCGUUCACACCCACUCCAUCCAGUGCCACCCCAAUGCUGGACGUUCCAACAUCAACAAGACCUCCUUUGGAGAAACAGUCCUCACUACAUCAACAACAGCAACCCCAUCCUCAGAUGUCACAGUCUCAGAAUGCCAGCCAACCUCCAGUGCAACCAUCCAAUCAAACGCAAGCCCAGCCUCCAGCCAAGCCUCUAAACCAGCAAUCCCACCUGCCCAGACAACAACCACCACCACAACAGCAGUCAUCAGGCCCCAUCCCUUCCGUUCAGUCCUUCUUUGCCAUGGCUAAGCCGCUGACUGCCGUGUUCGGAUUGGGUGGAUCUACACCUACACCACCUCCUGCUCCAACAUCUCAACCCCAAUCCCAACUGCAACCUCAACCCCUAACAACACAGUUCCAGACCCCAACUCCACAACCUCCUGCCCCUGCAACCCAACAGAUGCCCCCUACCACAACCAAUGCCCUUGAGCUGCCCAACCUUGCCACCACAGCCAAUUCCAAAGCUCCUGCAUCAGAACCUAAACCCCCAACCCCCACAGAGGAGGAACUUCCCACAGAGGAGCCACCCAUGGAACACGAAUUUCCACUGAAAGAAGACGACUUCCCAAUGGAAGAGACUCUGAUAGAGGAAAUGAAGAUGGAGAGCCCCCCAUGCUCUCCACCUCUGGAAGAGCCAAAGGAGCCAGUGGACCCUGCAGUCAGAGCCAAAGAGAACUGGUUAAGACUCUUUGAAAAAGUCCGGCAACAGCUGCAGGAGGAGCGAGGAGAGACAGACUCUCAGUCUCUGUGGUUUGGUAAAGGAGGGAUGGGAGGAGCGUUGUACAGCAUUGACAGCAUGCCUGAUCUACGCAAGAGAAAGACCAUUCCACUGGUCAGAGAUCUGGCUAUGUCUUUGGUACAGAACUCUCGUAAGGCCGGCAUCACAUCUGCUAUGGCCUCUAGUACACUCAACAAUGAGGAACUGAAGAGUCACGUGUAUAAGAAGACUCUUCAGGCUCUGAUCUACCCUAUCUCCUGCACCACACCCCACAACUUUGAAGUGUGGACAGCCACCACACCCACCUACUGCUACGAGUGUGAGGGGCUGCUGUGGGGCAUCGCUCGGCAGGGCAUGCGCUGUUCAGAGUGCGGGGUCAAAUGUCACGAUAAGUGUCAGGAUCUGCUCAACGCAGACUGUCUGCAGAGAGCAGCUGAGAAGAGCUCUAAACACGGCGCGGAGGAUCGCACGCAGAACAUCAUCAUGGUUCUGAAGGACCGCAUGAAGAUCCGUGAACGCAACAAACCGGAGAUCUUCGAACUGAUCCAGGAAGUGUUUGAUGUUGCCAAGGCGAUGCACGGAACUCAGAUGAAACAAAUCAAACAGAGCGUUCUGGAUGGAACGUCGAAAUGGUCAGCGAAAAUCAGCAUCACUGUGGUUUGUGCUCAGGGUUUGCAGGCAAAGGAUAAGACGGGUUCUAGUGAUCCUUACGUCACAGUACAGGUGGGCAAAACCAAGAAAAGAACCAAGACCAUAUACGGAAACCUCAACCCCAUCUGGGACGAGAGCUUCCACUUUGAAUGUCAUAACUCUUCAGACCGGAUAAAGGUGCGUGUUUGGGAUGAAGAUGAUGACAUCAAGUCUCGUGUGAAGCAGCGGUUCAAACGCGAGUCCGAUGACUUCCUAGGACAGACCAUCAUUGAAGUGAGAACACUCAGUGGGGAAAUGGACGUCUGGUAUAAUCUCGACAAGCGCACAGAUAAGUCUGCUGUAUCCGGAGCGAUCCGUAUGCACAUCAGCAUUGAGAUCAAAGGAGAGGAAACUGUAGCUCCAUACCAUGUCCAGUACACCUGCCUGCAUGAGCACAUUUUUCACCACACUACUGAGAAGCAGAACAGCGGUGUGGUGAAGAUCCCUGAUGCCAAAGGCGAUGACGCAUGGAAAGUCUACUUUGAGGAGACACCACAGGAGAUUGUGGACGAGUUCGCCAUGAGAUAUGGAGUGGAAUCGAUCUACCAGGCCAUGACGCAUUUUGCAUGUCUGUCAUCAAAGUACAUGUGUCCCGGUGUACCUGCGGUCAUGAGCACACUACUGGCAAACAUCAACGCUUAUUAUGCCCACACGACACAGUCGUCCAACAACGUGUCUGCAUCUGACCGCUUUGCUGCCUCUAACUUUGGGAAAGAGAGGUUUGUGAAACUGUUGGACCAACUGCACAACUCCUUGAGGAUAGAUCUCUCUAUGUACAGGAAUAAUUUUCCGGCCAGUAGUCCUGAGAGGUUGCAGGAUCUGAAGUCCACUGUAGAUCUUCUGACUAGCAUCACAUUCUUCAGGAUGAAGGUCCAAGAACUGCAGAGCCCUCCCAGAGCAAGUCAAGUUGUUAAAGACUGUGUGAAAGCAUGUCUAAACUCCACAUACGAGUACAUCUUUAAUAACUGCCAUGAGCUGUACAGCCGGGAAUAUCAAAAUGACCCUUCCAAGAUGGUUCCUCCAGAAGAACAGGGUCCCAGUAUUAAGAACCUGGACUUCUGGUCCAAACUCAUCACACUCAUUGUGUCCAUUAUAGAAGAGGAUAAGAACUCCUACACACCCUGUUUAAACCAGUUUCCUCAGGAGUUGAAUGUGGGAAAGAUCAGUGCAGAGGUGAUGUGGAACAUGUUUGCUCAGGAUAUGAAGUAUGCUAUGGAAGAACACGAGAAGAACAGACUCUGCAAGAGUGCCGAUUACAUGAAUCUUCACUUCAAAGUGAAAUGGCUUUACAAUGAGUACUGCAAAGAGCUGCUGUACUUCCAGGACCGAGUGCCCGAGUACCCAGCCUGGUUCGAGCCGUUUGUGAUUCUGUGGUUGGACGAGAAUGAGGAGGUGUCCAGAGACUUCCUGCAUGGUGCUCUGGUCAGAGACACAAAGGACGGGUUUCAGCAGACAUCUGAACAUGCGCUCUUCUCCUGUUCGGUGGUGGACGUGUUCUCUCAGCUUAAUCAGAGCUUUGAAAUCAUCAGGAAGCUGGAGUGUCCUGAUCCUCAGAUCAUCGGGAACUACAUGAAGAGGUUUGCGAAGACUAUUGGGAAUGUUCUUCUGUCAUAUGCUGACAUCAUUGCCAAGGAUUUCCCCAAUCACUGUAAUAAGGAGAAAGUGCCUUGCAUCAUUAUUAAUAAUAUCCAGCAGUUGAGAGUUCAGUUGGAGAAGAUGUUUGAGGCCAUGGGAGGAAAAAAUUUAAACGUGGAGGCCAGUGACUUCCUGAAGGAUCUGCAGGUCAAACUGAACAAUGUGAUGGAUGAUCUCAGCAGAAUAUUUGCAGUGAGUUUCCAGCCGCACAUCGAGGAGAGCGUGAGGCAGAUGGGUGAUAUUCUCAGUCAGGUGAAAGGAGCUAACGUACCUGAUAAUGGUAACGGAAACUUAGCGCAGGAUGCCGACAACGUUCUACAGCCCAUCAUGGACUUCCUGGACAGCAAUCUGACUCUGUUUGCUAAGAUCUGUGAGAAGACUGUCCUCAAGAGAGUGUUGAAGGAACUGUGGAAACUGGUCAUGAAUACAAUGGAGAAAACCAUUGUCCUUCCAACACUGACCGACCAAACGGGCACACAGCUUAUCUUUAAUGCUGCUAAAGAGUUGGGUCAGCUCUCCAAACUGAAGGAGCACAUGGUGCGAGAAGAGGCCAAAGCAUUGACCCCUAAACAGUGUGCAGUCAUUGAACUCGCACUAGACACUAUAAAGCAAUACUUCCAUGCGGGCGGUGUGGGUUUGAAAAAGACGUUUUUGGAGAAGAGUCCAGAUCUUCAGUCUUUGAGAUAUGCACUGUCACUGUACACACAAGCUACUGAUAAACUCAUCAGGAAAUUUGUCCUGUCGCAGCACGCUCAGGUUCAUGGAGGUAAAGGCGUGCGGUACACUCACAGUGAAGACGUUUACCCAGAGAAGGCCUCAGGCGUGGAUGAUGCAGUUGGUGAGGUUUCAAUGACUGUGGAGAUCUUCAGCGACCCAAACAAUGGAGGACACAAAAUCACAGUUAAAGUGGUGGCAGCUAAUGAUCUGCGCUGGCAGACACAGGGUAUAUUCCGCCCAUUUGUGGAGGUUUACAUCAUCGGCCCUCACCUGAGUGACAAGAAGAGGAAGUUUGCCACCAAAUCGAAAAACAACAGCUGGUCUCCGAAAUUCGGCGAAUCCUUCCAGUUUGUGCUCGGUAGUGAGCUGGGUCCUGAGGGUUACGAGCUGCAGGUUUGUGUGAAGGAUUACUGUUUCGCUCGCGAGGAUCGCACCGUCGGCAUGGCCGUUCUGCAGCUGAAGGACUUGGCAUCCCGGAGCAGCGCGGCGUGCUGGCUCCCGCUCGGCAAACGCAUCCACAUGGACGAGACGGGUCUCACCGUGCUGCGAAUCCUCUCCCAGCGCAACAACGACGAGGUCGCUAAAGAGUUCGUCAAACUCAAGUCUGACCAGCGCUCGGCGGAGGAAGGCAGAGGAAGCUAAAGCCGCGAGACUUGACGCACAGCACCCGGCCAGAUGCACCGUUCAGGGUGUAAUGUGAUUUCCUUACAGCCUAAAGGGGGCGCUAGAGACACACACACACAGAGCCGAUAAAAAAGCAAUCAAGUGAUUUAUGCAGCGCGCCAUUUAAGAACUGUCAAACAGCACACAGCUGCAAACAACACAGUCACAUAAACAUAUUGCAAUUAAUAUAAGACGACAUGCACACACAUACGCAAACAUCUGCACAUGAACUAAAGCAAUCUGAUUCAAGCAAAUAAUGAUGUCAGCAUACCAAUAGAGAAAUAAUUAAAUAUGACACUCUCACAUACAUUUAGUCAACAUGAAAUGAAUUUACCCCGUUUACUUACUUCAUACAAUUUAUCAAUGCACAUUAUUUAAAAGGAAGUGUUAGUCUUCAUCAUCUUUCAUCAAAAUGCAUUAACUUAACCUCCUCUGAAACAUUUUUCCUUUUUAGCCGACGUCACCAAAGCUGCUCGGUACUAAUAUAGCAUUGUUUAGGCUACUGUUGUAGGUAAUGAAGCCUUUCUAAAAUCUUCCCAAUGGUUAAGAGUAAUGCCAGUUAACACUGGUACAUUUGUACAUUUGCAAUACAUUUGUAAAAGAUAUCAUUCUGGUGUGACACGCCCACUUUUCACCAUCCAAUCAAUUUUUGAUGCAUAAAAAUCAAGUCCCGCCCUACAGUUAUUUCUCAAAUAUUCUGUUCUCUCAGAAAUGCAUCACAUUGCAAAAGUAAAAUGGUUUGCGAAAGCCAUUUCAUGUUGACUUUAAUAUUCUCUCUCUCACACACACACACACACACUUUAUUUUGCACUCUAUGGGCCACUUUUAAGAUUCACAGAGAGCCCAAAGCUGAAAGCACAAAGCUGUUUUAGUGUGACACCAUUUAUAUGGUCUCUGAUUGGUGCAUAACACAUUCCCCAACCAAUCACAGAUCAUGUUACUGGUUGCAAAGUAUGCUAAAAGGACAAAUGCUGUGACAUCAUGCCAGAAUUUGCGAAAUUACAAGAUUCUACUCGAGUUAUUCACUUUCUUAGACUCAGAAGUGUGUUGUUUCUAUUGCAACACUUAAAACUCUCAAAUAAAUCAAAGUGCGGUUUUGUUGUUGAUACUUUAUGGCUACAUUCACCUCUGUAUAUUCUUCUGCAAGUGGUAGCUACCUAACUACCAUUAAAUGAAGGCGCCGCUGCUAUUUUUGCUGUUUUGAAGGCCCGUCCGCACUGAUACGUGUUUAUUUUAAAACACAUUUAUUCUGAUGUGUUUAUGCAUCUCAUCCACACUAGAACACCAUUUUCCUCCAUUGAAACUCAUAACAUUCAGUGUUUCGAACUUGCCGUUACGCGCAAUCUUUCGAAAAUCGGUAAACUUCUCGGAUAGGGUUUUGAGUGUGCUCACAGUAACUGUAACACUGUCAACGUGCCAAAAACUUCUCAGAGAAUUUACAUCCCUAUAUUGCUGCUAAAGCACGACGCUAAAUUUAUUAAAAGCUAAAAAAAAUAAAUAAAUAUAUUCGCUAGUCGACUUCACUAAUAAACUUUCCAUCCACAAUGGCCACGUCAAUUUCGUUUGAAACCUCACUUUAAGUUUCCUAACGUCAUCGUUUUCCAAAGUAUGCGGUCAUGGAGAGCGUUAUCGUUUCGGUGGAGUUAGCAUUCCGUUCCAGUGUGGAUGAGUGGCGUAAACAUGGCGAAAUAAAUGCGCUUUCAAACGAAAACAUAUUAGUGUGGACGUGGCCAGAAACUCAUAACUGUGGAAAUUCCGAUAUGACGUGAACGCAGAAAAACACCUUCAGUUAUGAUGUUAAAUUGAUGACACAGUUACUGUUAUACGGUUAGCUGCGUUACUGCAAUGCUCCCCAUGAUGGUGUUUUUCACAUCGCUAACAGUUUGUGUCUGCAACCGUAAAAGACACUGCAGACUCGCCUUCACAAACACACACCGACAAUGCAUUGCGGCCUUGAGGUAGUUUGGUUAACCAAUACCCCCUUCCAAAUCUCUCUCACACCCAUGUUGUAUAGAAUAUUAAACUGUAAACACACUCUGGGGCUUGAUUCAUUUGCGCUCUUUGAAGACAUUGCACAUUGCCUUUCUGCAUGUCAUUUUGACUUUAAACGUUGCUUUCAUCCACGGGCCGCUCGUGUCACCUUCUGCAUGGUGAAGACAAGCCUUACGAACACUGUGAUGAAAUUUCAUGUGCCACUUCAGGUAAUAUGCAGAACUCUCGCUGUGCAUUAAAGUAUUAUAUUUGUUUGUUUGCUUAACUGCACGGUGAAUCUUCUCUGCUGGACGUCCAAAAAUCGUACAAAAAUACUACUGGUGAAUUUAGUUGGGAAUGAGGGCUUUAGAUUUAUGUCAGCAUUUAAUGGUGUCAGAAUAUGUUGAAUUGUCUGAUGUUAAAAUAAGCGUACCUGUUAUGAAGUUGCAUGUAAAAUCUGAAAUGGUUUAACAUUCAAAAAAUGCACUCUCACUCAGUGCUAACAGUAUCCAAACAAAGGCUGGAAACAUACUAUACGCAAGUACACAAGCGUGAUGCAUGGCCAACGCAACGUAAGCACGCUGUCCUUCUGUAAACACGUAACGCGUAUAGCGCUUUUCACAACACACAUUAUCUCAAAGCAGCCCUACAUGUCUUAAAUAACAUAAGUAAUGUGCAUUCUUUUGUUACUGUGGCUUUAACAAACUCAGUGUUCAAGGUGGCAAUAGAGUUUCCUUUGAAUGUCUGUGCCAUUAUACAAGAUGUGUUAUUGUUAUUCAGGUAGCUCGCUAUUAACAUGUUGACAGCUUAACUAACUUUAACCCUUGUGUUGUGUUCAUUUAACACAUUUUGUGUUCCCGGUCAAAAAUGACCGGCCCGCUAAGAUUGUUUAUAAAUCUCUCAUAUUGCAUAUAUUAUCACAAGAUAUUGCAUUAGAUCUUUUUGAGUAAUUAUGACAGGUUUUAUACUCCUUUUUUAAACAUAUUUUAAAAUAUAUAUAUUUUUUAUUGAUAGAAUGAUCCGUUGACCUGAGCUCAUACCGGGCCAGUGGGAGGGCACUCCCUGCAGAAAGCAAAAAAUAAUAACAAUAAUAAUAAUAAUUCUGUCCCAAAUUAAUAACCACCCACUUGAUCUGAACAAAAUUAAAUUAAAAGCCUUGAAUCUGGACUUUACAAUGCAUAUAGCUGAUCCUAGCAAUUCUUUAAUAAUGCUUUUUAAUUUCUCAUCAUUUGCAAAUUUAUCACAACAAUUAUAUUCAGAUUUGGUAAAACCAUCAAAAAAGAUGAGAUGUCCAUGUGUUGUAUAUCGUUAGAAAGGACUCAAUUAGUAGAAUGCAAUGAGCAAAUUUGUUUCACUCAGAGAUCAAACUGCAGUGAGUAUUAGUGUAUGAAAUUCCCACUGACACACAUAAAUAUAAUAAACAGGAGUGUCUUUUUGUCACUUUUCCUUAUUACUUCCUGAAACAUACAUGUAAUAUAGACAAUGACAUAUAACUUACAGCAGACGAUCCCGAUUCAAACGAGCCCAAACACAACAUAAAAAUGAUAAGUGAUCUUGAAAUAUUCCUCAAAGAGUGUACAUGGAAAGACGAUGCACAAGUGGGCUCUCAACACACGAUGUGUGUGUGUGUAUUUGUAUAUAUGUCUGUGUGUGUGUGUGUGAACAUGUCUGAGGAAUUUGUGUGGGCAAAAACACAUCCAGAUAUGUGUUCAUCUAAAGGAUUGUGAUGCUCCUGAACACUUAUUUUGUAUUUACACUGUAUUUUGUAGUCUAAUCCAUUCAUUUCCAAUAGCCGGUCAUUUUUGACCGGGAACACAACAAGUGUAAAACAAAAACAAAAGUAAAGAAAAUUUUUCACUUUUUUUUUUGUGUGUGUUUUCAGAUACCAUAUGUGAACAAAAUCAAGGAAUUAUAUUACCAUUCGAUUAAGUAAAAAUAACAAAUAAAAAAAAAUCGUUAAAAAAAUGGUUAACUAACAUACUCCGCAAGAUUCUCAUCAAAUUGUUGCUCCGAGUCCACUAUGAACUAAACCGCUGAAAUGCGUUCUUGUGUUGCAUUAUGAAUUGCAAUUUGACACAUUUCAAAAUGCAAUGACGCAUGAAAUCAAGCUUGCAUUGCUAGAAGCAUUUGUGUUCAUCAGUGUUAGUCACGUCAACGAAAAAGAUGCAUUAAUACAAAAAAAAAAAAAAAAUCGAAUGAUUUUAAUUUCAAAAUACUGUUGACAAAAAUAGACUUUUCUUUUCUUCAGCUAUAGAGAAUGAACAGGUGAACUUGAACUGUUACGCACUAGUCAGAAUGCGCAACUGCCGUUGUGAAUAUGCUGUUUCUGUAAAACACAUUGUAACGCAAUAUACUAAACUGUCUAAAACACAGAACAGUCUGUAAAGUGUGAACAAAUUACAACACAGUAAAAAAAAAAAAGCAACUAAUACUGUACUUCAAUAUACUAUAUUCAUUAUAAACUCAGGUUCUCAUGUUGAUAAAUCAUUUGCUUGAUACAUGUUUACACUGAAUAUUUUUCAAAAUGUAUACAUAUUUGGUUAAAGUUUGGCACGUUUCGUCAUUUUGCACAUUACUGUAAACUCAACUGUUAUUUUCGUAGACUAAAAAUAUAAGACAUUUAAGUCCAAGUAAAAUUGACUAAAAUCAUGCAAAAGGACAAUUUCAGCAGUUACAAUGACAAAUAAAAAACUGUUUAAAAAAAUAACACUGGCGUUUACGUGCUUGCGUACAGUACUGGCAUUUGUUUCUGGCCUAACUGAAGAAACUAAUAAUCCUCGUCUCGAUUGAGCUUUUAAAUUAAGAUAUUAAUGACUCUUCUGUGUUCAUUAUAAUCUGCUGCUGUCAGAGGACUGUGUUGUGACUCUGUGUAUUAUUUUAAUUGUCUUUAAUACCAUCUGUUAUGUUUAUUUAGUGGAAGAUGCCUCAAAGAGACAAAAUGCCAAAAAGCACCUUCUAACAUUCAGGACUACUAUUAUAUCCACAUUGUGAGGGCAGUAAAGAUUUGUCUUUCACUCGCAUCUCUUGCUGUGUAGUUUACUUGUGUGUAUUUCUGUGAAUCUUUUGCCAUCUUACAUAAUUCUGUCUCGAUUCGAGAGCGAUACAGUGGAUUUAAAUGGGGCGACAGCUCACAGAGACAUUAAAGGGAUAGUUAUCUCAAAAAUGAAAAUUCUGUCAUCAUUCACUCACCCUCGUGUCAACAGUAACCCGUAUGACUUUCUUCUGUGGAACACAAAAGGAGAUGACAGAAUUUUUGUGGGCACUAUCCCUUUAAAUAACUGAAUGCAUUAAAAAUAGGUAAUAAAUGUGCAACCUAUAUUUUAGAUUCUAAUCGACAGCAAGUCUCUCAUGAGUCUCAUGAUGUGUUUUUAGAAAGACAGUGAGGAUAGCCUUUCAAAAUGGCUAUUUUAGAACGAAACAACAGUGCAAUUUAAUUAAAUAGAAUUUGAAGAAGCUAGCUGUCUGUCCACUUUAAAGAGAUUUAAAAUGUUUACAGUGCAGAUUAUUUGUAGUACUUGCAUUUUCUUGUUAUUGCUGUACAUAAUGCUGUUUGAGUGCACAUGAAUUCAGUAGCCUUUGAUAGUUCAUUUUGUCGUUUACUCACCCUCAUGUUGUUCCAGACCUCUGUGCUGUUAUUUAUUUUGUCAGUGAAGCACAAAAAGGAGGAUCUUCAUGUAGUUUUUCUCCAUACAGUGACAUAAUAACCAAGCCUGCCGAGCUCCAAAAAGCACCAAAAGACGCUGACUACCACCCCUGGAGUCGGGAAUCCAGGUCAGGUCGGGUGUGCUGAGUGACUCCAGCCAGGUCUCCUAAGCAACCAAAUUGGCCCGGUUGCUAUGGAGGGUAGAGUCACAUGGGGUAACCUCCGCGUGGUCGCUAUAAUGUGUUUCUCGCUCUCAGUGGGGCGCGUGGAUGCCAUGGAGAAUAGCGUGAAGCCUCCACAUGCGCUAUGUCUUCGCGGUAACGCGCUCAACAAGGCACGUGAUAAGAUGCAUGGAUUGACGGUCUCAGACGCGGAGGCAACUGAGAUUCGUCCUCCACCACCCGGAUUGAGGCGAGUCACUAUGCCACCACGAGGACUUAGAGCGCAUUGGGAAUUGGGCGUUCCAGAUUGCGGAGAAAACCUUAAAAAUAAAUACAUUUUUUGUUGUAAUCAACAUUAUGCCACAAAUGCUGUCGAGUGAGCUUAACUUGUAUUGAACCCGGAAUACUCUUUUAAGAGUUUGGGUAAGCGGUUAGACUUAGGAAAAAUCAUGACAAUGUAAUUCGCCGGUUUGUUUAUUUUUCUGUAUAGGAGUACAUGACGUAGGUUUUUGUACGAGAUCGGUUUGGAAAAAUAACAGCAAUGGUUUGGAACGACUUAACGGGGAGUAAUCAAAAUACAGAAUUUUAAUUUAAUUUUGAGUGAACUAAUCUAAAGGGCAGCAUUUUGGCUCUAAUGUUAGUCCUGGAAAACAAUUGACUAAAUAUAUAUAUAUAUACGCAUAGCUCUGGAAAAAAUUAAGAGACUACUGCAAAAUGAUCAGUUUCUCUGGAUUUACUAUUUAUAAGUGUGUGUUUGAGUAAAAUGAACAUUUUUGUUUUACUCUAUAAAGUACUGACAACUUACAACUGACAACAGCACCCCCAGAUCAUCACCAAAUUUCACAGUGGGUGCGAGACACUGUGGCUUUGAAGGCCUCUCCAGGUCUCCGUCUUACCAUUAGAUGACCAGGUGGAGGAUCAGUGAUGAUCAGGGGGUGCUUUAGCAAGGCUGGAAUCGGGCAGAUUCAUCUUUGAGAAGGACGCAUUAAUCAAGCCACAUACAAGGUUAUCCUGGAAGAAAACUUGCUUCCUUCUGCUCUGACAAUGUUCCCCAACUCUGAGGAUUGGGUUUUCCAGCAGGACAAUGCUCCAUGCCACACAGACAGGUCAAUAAAGGUGUGGAUGGAGGAGCACCGGAUCAAGACCCUGUCAUGGCCAGCCCAAUCUCCAGACCUGAAUCCCAUUGAAAACCUCUGGAAUGUGAUCAAGAGGAAGAUUGAUGGCCACAAGACAUCAAACAAAGUCGAGAUGCUUAAAUAUAUGCAGCAGGAGUGGCAUAAAGUCACCCAACAGCAAUAUGAAAGACUGGUAGAGGGCAUGCCAAGACGCGAAAAGCUGAGAUUGAAAAUCAGGGUUAAUCCACCAAAUAUUGAUUUCUGAACUCUAAGUUAAAACAUUAGUAUUGUGUUGACUAAAAAUGAAUAUGAACUUGUUUUCUUUGCAUUAUUCGAGCUCUGAAAAAACUGUCUUUUAUGUUAUUUUGACCAGUUGUCAUUUUCUGCAAAUAAAUGCUCUAAAUGACAACAUUUUUAUUUGGAAUUUGGGAGGA